AUGAUUCCUUCAUUUUCAAUGGCCCAAAAUUUUGGGGUCCAAAAUGGUCAACCUCGUAAUAAUUUUGUUCAACACCAAUCUACUCCGCUUAUUUAUGGUGCUGUUAUGCGUCAAGGUGCUACUCAAUCUCAAGUGCAAUUUCAACAAAUGAUGCCGCAACGGGUUGUUCAACAAAUUCCAAGUUUUGGGGUUCAACAGGUUUUUUAAAUUUUUUAUUAGAGACGGGGGUUGGGUCUGAAGUAGGACAUGGUUUAAUGUUUGUAGACUUACUUGGAUUCAUUCGAGGGACUUUCACGGGUAUUUGGUUUCUCCUGAUCCUGAUUU